AUGGUAGGACUCCCCGUGUACAUUGCUACGAAUAACACCACCACCUCAACAGAUAAAAUCAUUGUGGUUAUGACAGACGUCUUUGGAUGGGAACUCAAGAAUAUACGUCUUCUAGCUGAUGAAUACGCAUCGAACGGUUUCUACGUCCUCGUACCAGACUUCUUUAAAGGCGAUCCAGUUCCACUUGAACUCGAAGCAAAGCUAGCUCCUCCGUCAGCACCAAAGAGAAAUUUCUUUACUGCAGUGAGUGAUACAUUUAGCGCCGCUACAACUGUCGGGCCUUGGCUUAUCCGACAUCGAGAAUCAGUAUCGAAACCAAUCGUCGACAGUUUCUUCAUCGGACUUCGACAACAGUAUCCAUCUUCAAAGAUCGGAGCAGUCGGUUUCUGCUGGGGUGGUCGAUACGCUAUUCUUCUCACUCAUACAGAUGCAAAAGUCCAGGUUGAUGCAGCUGUCGCAAUUCACCCGAGUUUGCUGUCCAUACCUUCGGAAAUUGAAAAGAUUGCAAAACCAGUUAGUUUCGCAGUUGGUGAUAAAGAUCAGUACAUGUCAGUUAAGCAAGCCGAUCAAACAAGACUGAUCCUGUCGAAGAAGACAAACGUCGAUGGAGAAGUUGAAGUGUAUCCAGGAAUGGUACAUGGAUUUGGUUGUAGAGGAGAUUUGACAAUAGAAGAGAAUAAAAAGGGACAUGAUAGAGCAAUGAAACAAACUAUAGAUUGUGCACCAUUACAAUCAUGUAGCUGUCCAGUUGGCAUGAAACAAUAUUCAUGUAAACAUUCGGGUGGAUUGGCAAUUUUAUUUAACUUGUAUCAAGUUAGCGAUAAAACACGUAUUCAACCAUUGAGCAAACGAAAAACAAAAGGACGCCUCAAGAAAGUUAGCAAAGCUUUAAAUUUGUAA